GGGGGGUGUGGUUUGCAAAAAAGAAAUUACAAGAGCAACACUAACACCCAUGUGUGAAUAAACCGUCAGAGAACUUCCACAGCGCUGUGCGUGUAUCCACUGUCAGGACAAAGACGUUGUUAAGAUGGGAUCCAGUAAUUCUUCACCACCUCCUCCUUCUCUAGAGUAUGACAGGCCAUGGAGAUCAAUAAACUGGAGUGAAGAUGGACAAAAACUUUUGAAAACAGUAACCAACUUCCAACCUGGCAACCAAGAAGUCAACCCUCUCCGAAUUCUUCUGCAUGGACCAGUAGGUGCUGGAAAAUCAAGCUUCUUCAACUCUGUGAAUAGUGCUUUCCAGGGUUACAUCACUACCAGAGCCCUGGCAAAUUCAUCAUUAAAUGCUGAAAAAACGUUCACUGUGCAGUGCAAAACAUACAAAGUCAAGAAUGAGAGGGCUGGCUCCUUCCUUCCUUUCGCGUUCACUGACAUCGCCGGUAUGGACAAAAAUUUUGGAAUAAAGACUAAUGACAUCAUCCAGUUAUUAAAUGGUCACAUCAACGAUGGUUAUACUUUUAACCCAGUAAAACCAAUUACUAAAGAAGACCCAAAGUACAACAACAAUCCCAUUCUGAAAGACAAGAUUCACUGUCUGGUGGCUGUUCUUCCUGCUAACACUGUUUCUAUGAUUAAUGAGGAAAUGAUUUGGCAAAUGAGAGAAGUUCGGGAGAAAGCACGAGACUUGGGCAUUCCUCAAGCCAUAGUCAUGACCAAGGUGGAUGAAGCGUGUCCACUAGUUAAAAAAGACCUUAAGAAGAUCUACACAAGCAAAAAAAUAAAACAGAAGAUGGAGGAGUGUUCUUUCAAACUGGGAGUUCCUGUGAGCUGCAUUUAUCCUGUGAAAAACUACCAUGAGGAACAUGCUACUAACACAACAGCAGACAUUCUGAUUUUAGAUGCACUGAAAAAUAUUCUCAAUUUUGCCAGUGACUAUGUGGACGACCAAGUGGACAGUUAAAAUCAGAGGUGGGCAGAGGUUCAACAUGUGGGGUGAUGACAUCAUCGUUUCAGAAAAUUAUACGGAUUGCCCCGUCCACACGAUAACGACAGCGUUUUAAAAUUUUUCCACUCCGGUUUCAAAAAAUACUGGUUUCACCUUUCGAAAACGCCGGAUCAGUGUGGACGAAACGCCUAUCCGAUAAAAAUUUUUGUGCGGUUUCACUGAAACGCGUCUCUGUGUGGACGGGGCCUAAAUGUAACAACUUCCUGUUUCAUGGCGAAACAUCAAAUUUUGCCAGGCCGCCACAGACACGCCCCUGAGUGAAUACUCUAGAUCUUCGCAAUUUAAUGUCACAAAGACUUUAGAUUAGACUGACCAAAUAUGAUGUUGAUCUGAUUAAAGCUCUAGGAGGAGUUCAUUAAAGUACAAUGUCUGGAAAUGGCAAAAACUGCCAAAAUUUUGCAAAGACAAUUCAAAAUCUCAAUCUCAAUUCCUGUUGGGUUUUCAGAUUUUACACCCAGGAGGGCGCUUGAUUGAAAUUUUGUAGAUGUUGCUAUCGGGCCAUUUUAGCACACCUAAUUGUGAAACCCAUAUCAGACAUAAAUUUUCACCAAUUCUGACGUGUGUGCAAAGUUUCAUGAGUUUUCGUAUCCAAAAACUGUACUCAAGUAAAAGUACAAGUACUUCUAGAAAUAUUUACUCAAUAUUUAAAAAGUAUCCAAUGAAAAAACUACUCAAGUAUCUAGUUAUAUAGAUAUAGAUAGAUAGAUAGAUAUACACAACAAUGCAAUAGCCAAGCAAGUUAUUAUUUUUAUUAUUAUCAUCAUCAUAAUUAGAUAUCUUUGCAACAAACACAGAAGAGACUAUUAUUUCUGACCUUUGAAGAGAUGGUGCCAACUCCUGCAAGAACUACAGAUAACGCAACAUCUGGAUCAACAUGCACAUUCACACAUUUCUAUAUAUCCUAAUUAUUUUUAAUAUGUAAUUGAUUAUUUCCAGAAGCUCUUUGCUUCUUCCUUCAGUUAAACUGCUUGUAAAUUAAUUGCCUAAAUUAUUACAUUAUUAGCUUACAGCAUUCUCUAAUUGUAAUGUUGACAUGCAUUCUCUGUAAAGCUGCUUUGAAGAUGUAUUGUGAAAAGCGCUGUACAAAUAAAUGUGAAUUGAAUUGAAUAUGUAGCCCAAAUAAUAUUGCAUGUCCUUUAUUUUGUAUAUUAAAGGAUUAGUUCACUUUCAAAUGAAAAUUACCCCAAGCUUUAUUCAAGCCAUCCUAGGUGUAUAUGACUUUCUUGUUUCUGAUGAAGACAAUCGUAGAUAUAUGAAUAAAUAUCCUGAUGCAUCCGAGCUUUAUAAUGGCAGUAUGCAAUUGUGACUAACCUUUGCGGUUGCAAUGUCUCAUUAAAUUUGCUGUUGUCGUUUAA